AUGGCUGCGCAUGCAUCAGGCUCAGGUGUCCGGCCUGGGGCGGCUUUUGGACCCGGGCAGCAGUUUUCGAGGAGCGACGUUUCUCUGUGCUCGAAAUUCUCAUCGGGGUCGGGCGGCGGCUUGGAUCGGGCGAUAGAUGCGGCGCGCGCCAACGAGGAGGGCCUAGAUAAUGACGAGGACUAUGAAAUGGAUGCAGAUGUCAGGUUUCUGCGCUCUGGCAUCUCCAUUGACAGUUCUGAGGCCCGCUCCCUGCGCUCCUUCUCCCUGACAACCCCCUUUGCCGCGCCGCAGCUGCAGACCGUCGCCUCACGAGAGAUCGCACCGCACCUACUGCGUGACCUCUUACCUGCGGGGGAGUCCCUGUCCCUGGAUGAGCAGGACCUGUACAAGCAUCUUGUGAUGGAACUCCAGUCAGACGGCACUCUGUCCUCCGAAAUCUCUGAGCUUCUAACCGAGCUCCAGAUGAGCUCGUCCAAUGCAUCGUCUAUCGGUGUCAGCGACGACCAGGUGGAGGCGCAGAGGGAGAAGGUGGUGGAAGUUGUGCAGAAGCUCAAAUCCCGGCUACCGGCGGACAAAGCCGCGCAGCUCAGCUCCUUUGAUAGCUAUGGGCUGUUGGACCUGCCGUUGUUUGCAGCAGCGGCGCGCCUGGGCUUUGCAGCCGUUAAGCGCGUCCUGCAAUUUGAGUAG